ACGACUAACGGCAAAAAAAAUGGCAGCCGUCGCAGGAGGUAAUGACUUGGGAAAUCUUAUUGAGACUGCUGACUCAUCCAAAUGUGGCUCUGUUGCUGAUUCCGUCAGUUAGUACUGCUCGUGGCUCCGUUGAUGAAAGGUGCCGAGUUGCAAUCAGAUAUACAUAUGUACCGAAGAGAUGACUGCCAUUAACGCAACAGACGUUACAGGCCGGAGUGGCUACGAAUCCUUCGACUGCGCGCAGGCCGUUGCUCUGAUCGGCUUCCUAGGCCUAAUAUCUAACUUCCAGGAUAUCAUACAAACGUUCACCCAAAAUGCAAAUGGCGGGAAGAGACGACGCAGUGCGGGUGGCGCGGGAAUUCUGGAGGGCCUUUCGCACAUGGUACAAAGAGAACCAUGGGAAGCACUGCAACCUGUGAUCAAUAUGGUGAGUUGGGCAUCCGGUAAGAAUUCUGACAACGAUUUGCAACAGGAAGAGACCAAUAAUCAUUUGCUUGACAGCAAUGCCUGGAUUAAUACCAAAGAUACAGACGAAGUACUUCCUGACGAAGUAGCUGCAGCGGUAGCAGGAACAGGCGACAAAAAGACCAAGGGCGUCACUCCGUUCGUGAAUGACAUCGCUAUGUUCGGUCCGCAAUUGGCGCUAUGGGUGGUAGACGUGGCAGACGGUCGCAUAACUGGAGAGGAAGGGCGCUCCGGUGUCUGUCAAACCAUCCAGAAGAUGGAGGAUAACCACGGUUUUGCAGGAUCUGUUUUCGGGAAUCUCCUGACGCAAACUGUCGUCAAAGCGAUGGCGUCCUACUCUUCAGCAGAGAAUCUUCUAGAGCAAGCAAGACUCCACAAGAAUCCUAAUCCUUGCCUGGGAUCCUUUGCAACUCCUCAGACAGCUUAAAGGAAUCACUGUCUGGCCACUAUUAUGAAUAACUAAAUCUAUCGCUUGAAAGGGCAUUGUGUUAUGGGCAUAGUGUACAAUUUUGUAUAAAUAGACUUAUUUAAGAAGGUAGAAUUGUAGACCUAUUCAUUAAAGAUAUUAGAUAUGA